AUGGAAACGGAAAAUGAAAACUUGCACAACUGUAAUAACAACCAGGAAAACGGAGAUAAAGUUAGUAGCUGGUUGUCCGUGGUUACCUGGUUCAAAAGCUGGCUACCGGAGAGGUCUGUUAAAUUAGGGGAACCCAAUCCCAAGCAAAAAGUCGCCGAAUUAAUUAUGUGUGAAUUAAACUGGCAGAUAAAAUUGGCAGAAAUGAGACGAUUGGAGAAAGAAAAAGAGAUGAAAAUUCAGAAAACUGGAGUUGAUUAUUCGUGGCUCGUUACGAAUAAACCAAAAAUUCAAAGCAUAUCUGAGGCAAAGAAAUUAGAACUGGAGGAAUUGUGCUACAGACUUGAUCCAGAUGACUGCACUGAAGUGAUACGUCAGCUAUGGAAAGCCUCUCGAGAUGAACCCAGUGCAACAGAACUGCCUAACGUCUUGCAAACGAUAAUCACCAAUCACAUUCAAGAGAAACAGUUGAAAGAGUGCAACCAGGGCCCUGCCUACAACACCAACUACCUAAAUCUUUCAACACUAUCACUGACUGAAUGGUCUCGCUGGGUCAGCAGUAGUGUCACUAAUUUGUUCUCACAGGGGGGUCUAGAUAAAAUCAGUAGAAACAGUUCUCAAGAAUUGAACAGUAUUAACAGUCUUGAAAUGGUUGAAAUGGGUGUUGGGCCAGUCGAUGUUUAA